GAGGAGUAUUGUUUUCGCACUGAAAGAUGUCUUUGGAUUUGGACCCGGACGUUCCUUACAGCGACGACGAUGUGGAAAAUGGUGAAAUUCCGAUAUGGCAAGAGCCUCGACGUGAGCCUUUGGGUGCCCCAAAAGAAACUUUAUGCGACGAGGUAAGCCACGAUCAGAUACCUGGUGAUCGUCUCCACGCGUUGGAGGAAGAGCAAGAGAUAUUAUCAUCAUCAGUGUUCUCCUUAACAUCACAUCUUGCGCAAGUCGAAUUCCGUCUACGACAGAUCCUGAAGGCUCCACCGGAAGAGAAAGAUGCUAUGCUCAAGGCUCUGGAAGAAUUUACGUCGCGGGGUGUCUCUGACUCUCGCGCCGCGCCUCAAGGCAGUUCCGACGAACAGAAUUGCAGCGAGUGUGUUGAGUUAGAACGUAAAAUGCGACGUCAACGCGCACGCCAGGCGCAUUUCAUCGACAAACUUAAGGCCCAGCUGAAGGAACUUGAAAGAUUUGCUGAGGAAAGCCCAGAAACUGGAGGUAAGCAACAUCGAACGCUAAUAGAGCACUUACGAACUGAAAUAGACAGGAGCUUAGAAGAAGGGUGCCAUCAACCCUUGAGUGCUGAAGAAUUAAGGCAUCAAAUCAACUGUGCGGUACGGCAGUAUGCUGAUCGACAAUUGUCCAAAGAUGAAAUUAUUUCAAAAUUGCAAACACACAUUGAAGACAUGCAGAAAUUCAUUAAAUUAAUGAAAAAUGAGGAACUGAAAGGUACAUCAAAAAUCCCUAAAACAAAAAAAGUGAAACCUGAGAAUUCCUUUGACAAAAAUUUUAACAAGCACAAAAUGAAUGAUGAUCUUAAAGCUGAAACUAUUAAUUUGAUGAGAAAAGCCUCUACCCUUAUACAGAUUUUUACUGUGUCCCAGUUUGGUUGUUCUCCUAACACAAACAAAAGACAUGAAAGAAAAUCUUCAACUAUUGUCACUCAUUGGGGUAAUUUACGAGCCAAACUGGAGAUGUCUAUAGAAUCUGUAGUAAAUAUGGUGUCAAGAGACAGAUCAUCACAAUCCUUGAUUGACAAUUACGACAGUGAGUCGGAAGAAGGAGGAAUAAUCAUCAAUGAUGCACCAUUAACUACUGCAGUUCGGCGACAUCUGGCUGUUAAUCUUCGUGACUUACUUCAGCAUGGCUUGACUGGUCCGGACUCAACUUCCUUAGUCCCGAUAAUUGGUUGCUUUCCUGUAAGAAGAUCUUCGUCAUCUCGCUCUUCACAUAUUUGGGAGCUUAUUUUACGGUAUUAUGAACUAAAUGAUGGGGAUAGAUUUAAUUCCACACCAGCCAGAAAAUUAAGUCAAAGUUUCAACUUAGACAUAGUUGGUGGAAUGGCUAUAACAAACAAGCAGAGUUUAUUAAGUGCUAUUGGUAGCAUUUUAGCUUCCCACAUGCCUUAUAAGAGAAGUUAUGAUGCACAUUUUAAGGCUUUUGUUUGUGCGGCUUUGAAUGUUCAUAAACUUGUAAUUUGGCUGAACAUUAUCCUGAAAACAAGAUCUUUGGUUGAUGCAUUUUAUUCUUCAACAAGUUAUGUUGUCAACUCAGGUUUUCAGGAUGCUUUACAAAGCUUGGAUCGUUUGACUCCAUACAACUUUGAUUUACCCAUUGACUUAGCUGUAAAACAGUUCCAAAAUAUCAAAGAUGUAUUUAUGUAGUUACUUUAAUAAUUUUAAGAGUACAAUUUUUUACAUAAUCACUGGUCUAAGAAGCCUUCCAAGAUCAAUAGAUCACACUGCAAGCAUUUACUAUUGAAUUAUGAUAGUUGGUUCUAGUCCUUAUAAUGAUCAACUAGGCAAAAUUAUUAUAAUAUUUACAAUCAUUAAUAAUAAUAAUUGCUUAAUUUUACUAAGUUGUCCUGUUCACUAUUAGUUAGUUAGUUUGAACAAUUUGUCUUUACAGUUUUACAUAAAUUGUUCAUUAAUCUUGAUCAAUAAUGUUUCACUCAGUCUGUUUCAAGUAGAAAAAGACUAAUGUUACAUACAUAUAAGGUGCAAACUCUAGCAUACAUUGAACAAUAAGUAGGUUCCAUUAUAAAAUCUGAUGUAGUACAAACUGUACAUUUUGUAAAAAAAUUACUAGUCAAUUUGUUUAUAAGUUAUUUUAUGUGUCUAUAUUACUGGGGAAAGGAAAUUUUUUUGCCAGUCCUCCCUAUCAAUUACAUAAUGUUUUUAGUCCUCUUUUCCCAUACCUUGUUUUUAAAAUAGUAUAAACUAAAUCGUAAUAAUAUGGCCUUUGCAACAAUCUAGACAAAUUUACUAACUGCUCUCUUAGAUAAUUGAAUGUUAUUAACAUUCUGUAAGUAUUUAAUGUUGACAUUCCAGCUAGAUCUCCAAAUUCUGAAAACGUAUUGUGAUAUGUAUAAGUUCCAAUGAAGUACCAAAGAUACAAAUGAUUGUUUAUUAUUUAGUAUUAUGUCUUGUGCAAACUGCAUACCUA